GAACAGAAAAAACCUAAAAAAAGAACGAAGCCACGGAGAAAGAAAGAAAUAGAUCUUUGGGAGCCUCAACAUCUUUUUUUUUUUUUAUGUUGCAUGGUGUUCCUCAUCGAAGCCAUAUCAAGGAGUGCUUCUAUUCGUUUUCCUCUUCAGCUACAAGGAAAGAAGAAGAUCUUAUGAGACGUUUAGUCUCUCAUUGAAGAAAACGUUGCUGGUCUUUUAUAUUAUUAGACAGGGCAGAUGGAUGAAACCAAUGCGGCAAAGUUAAGUGGAAUCAGACAGAUCGUGAGGCUAAAAGAGAUUCUGCAAAAAUGGCAAACCGUUACCAUAGGGCCCAAGUCAGAUGUCCCUCCAUUAGCAGCUGGAAAGGAAGCUGCGGCAAUGAUCUCACCGGUUAUCAACAAGAGGCUAUUUGCCGUCAAGAACUGCGACUCGGAUGAGGAAAGCUGCCAAAGCCCUGAGCCUCCCGCUGAUGUUCCCAAAGGGUAUCUUGCGGUUUAUGUUGGCCCGGAGCUAAGGAGAUUUAUCAUACCGACAAGUUAUCUUAGCCACUCUUUAUUCAAGGUGUUGCUUGAGAAGGCUGAGGAAGAGUUUGGGUUUGAUCAGAGUGGUGCCCUCACCAUCCCUUGCGAGGUUGAGACUUUCAAGUUCUUGAUUAAAUGCAUGGAGAAUAAUCCUAAAGAUUAUCACCCUGAUGACAUCUCUGCUGAGGAUGCAGUAGCAGAAAAUGAAGAGUAAAUACAAAUCUUGUGAAGAAAAACUCUCAAAAACUUUUCUUUUGUUAUUAUGAUUAUUGUUAUCCUUUAUUAUUAUUUUUCAUUUUAAUCAUGGGAAUUGUUAGGGAUCAUUACUUUGGGGUGUUGUUCUAAAAUCGGAUAAUCUUUGUAUUUUCUUGGUUUUUAUU